AUGAGCACGAGAAGCCAAACUUCCAAACUCUCUCCUGUAUCCCUGUACAUGAAAAGCCAAAAUUUCAAGCUUAUUUUGCUUUUUCUCGUACAGGCUUUCGUAGUAAACGGGACGAAGCCCCUCACAUUCACCCUCAACAGAAACUCCCCUGAGAUCAGAAGCAGUGUUUCCGCAUUGAUCUCCGAGAAGAUCCGGAUCGCCUUUAGAACGCAGUUUCUCCCGUACAUUCCCGACGGCCUAACGGGAAUGCACUCUUACUACACAGCCCCAGAAAGAACAGAACUAUUCCAGCACUUAGGCACAGUUUCAUACUAUAACGUAUACACGCGAAAGAACAACGAAAGUACAUAUGCGCACUGCAUCUCCGUAAGAAAUGCCCAAAAUGAAGAAAAAUCAGUUGAGAUCAUCAUCAAGAUAUUUAGAGAUAAAGUCUCAUUUUCGGCCAUGCUUAGGGGAAGUCCCACAGGAAAUGCGUAUGAAGUUGUAAAUCGCACGGAGUGUGCAGUACUUGAGGCUGUGCGCAGCUACAGCGAAAUAGACGAGUUCCAGCUCAGGCGGUUGGUUGCAUAUGCAGCAUGUAAAUAA